CGUCUAGUAACGCGGCAGAAACGGACUGAAGUGAUAAAUGUGUCGACCUCUCUGUACCUUAGACAGGUGACAAGCCGAAUCAAUCCAGUGGUUUUGGAUAGAAAUAACUGUACUUUACUGACUAGACUGGUUACGUUAAUAUGGGGAUAUGGUUUGGAUGGGUCAUAUUCGUACUUUGAGCACUACAGAGAGUCACAGGAGACCGUGAAGACGAAGCUCGACCAUGAGAUGUGUCACCCCACUGCUGACUGUACUGGACGUGUCCGUCCUUUUUCUUCUGGUUCAGCUGAGCAUAAUAGCGGCGAAAGCAGCAUUCUCUGUCCUUUCCAGCAGGGCGGUGGUGGAGACCUGCCCCCUGGGCCAGUUUCCGUGUGGCAAUAUUAGUGUUUGUCUACCACAGCUCCUCCAUUGUAACGGGCACAAAGACUGCAAGAAUGGAGCGGAUGAGGAGCACUGUGGUGAUAACAGUGGAUGGGCUGACAUCUUUGACCGUACCAUUAUAAAGAAAGUGGAACCAGAGGGCCUCAGUUACGCCUGCUCUCUUCAGCAGUAUCCAGAGAGUUGUGACUGCAUGAAGACAGAAGUAGAUUGUGUGGGAGUGAAUCUGCAUUCUGUGCCUCUCCUGUCUUCCAAUGUGACCUGGUUGUCCCUGAAGAGCAAUGAACUGCGAGAGCUUCCUGCUCGGGUCUUCUCUAAGUACACUGGCCUGCAGAGAUUGUUUCUUCAGAAUAAUAGCAUUCAAACAGUGUCCAGUCUUGGGUUCAGUGGUUUAUUCAAACUGAGAAAACUGUUCCUCAGCCAAAACUACAUAACCUUCUUAGGCACUGGUGUAUUCAGAGAUCUACACAAAUUACAGUGGCUAGUGCUGGAUCACAACCCUCUGAGGAGCGUCACUCAUGAUAUGUUCAUCGGCCUCAAGUCUCUAAUAUUUCUGUCAAUGGUGAACACGUCCCUGGUGCAGCUGUCUAAGCAGAGCCUCUGUUAUCACAUGCCUCUCCUCAGCUGGCUGGAUUUUGCGGAGAACCACAUAGAGGUGCUGAACUAUUCUACUCUAACGACAUGCAUCGAGCUUACAGUACUGUCACUGCGUCACAAUAAAAUCAAGACUCUUCCAGGAAACACUUUUCAGUCACUUGGUACACUGGUAGAGCUUGAUUUGUCAUGUAACAGGAUUGCAGAGCUCCCCAACAACAUUUUCAAGACUUUAAAAUCAUUAUUGAAACUAAAUAUAUCCCACAAUCCUCUGCUUCACAUUCAUGCAGGUCACUUUGAUCAUCUCAUUCAGCUUGAGUCUCUAGGACUGGAGGGCAUUGAGAUCCCAGAUAUCCAGACUAAGAUGUUUCUUCCGAUGACCAAUCUGUCUCAUAUCUACUUUAAGGAUUUUCAGUACUGUUCCUACGCGCGCCACGUCCGGAAGUGCAAGCCCAACACGGAUGGGAUCUCCUCGUUUGAGAACCUACUUGCCAACGUGAUUCUGAGGGUCUCUGUUUGGGUCAUGGCCUUCAUCACAUGCUUUGGAAACCUCUUUGUCAUUGGAAUGAGGUCGUUUAUUCGUGCAGAGAACAACCUGCACACAGUGUGCAUCAAAGUUUUGUGCUGUGCAGACUGCCUGAUGGGCAUCUACCUGUUCUUCCUGGGGGUGUAUGAUGUGAAGUUUCGUGGCGAGUACAACCGGAACGCCCUGAUCUGGAUGGAGAGCCUGGAAUGCCGCACCAUGGGCUUUUUGGCUGUGUUGUCGUCCGAGGUGUCCAUGCUCCUUCUAACGUACCUGACCCUGGAGAGGUUCCUGGUCAUCGUGUUCCCCUUCAACCAUCUGCGGCCUGGCAAGCUGCAGACUGGCCUGAUGCUGGCCUCCAUCUGGCUGGUGGGCUUCCUCAUCGCCGCCGUGCCCCUCCUCAGUCACGACCUGUUUGGAAACUACUAUGGCCACAACGGGGUCUGCUUCCCCCUCCACUCCGACAGGCUGGAGAAGCCCACUGCAAAAAGAUACUCAACGGGCAUAUUUCUCGGACUGAACCUGCUGGCAUUCCUAGUCAUUGUCGUCUGCUACUCCAGCAUGUUCUUCUCAGUCUACAAGACGGGCAUCAACACCACGGACAUGCGCAGUCGCUUGCAGAAGGACGUGGCUGUGGCCAACCGCUUCUUCUUUAUUGUGUUCUCUGACGCCCUCUGCUGGAUUCCAAUAUUCUUGGUCAAAACGCUCUCCCUUAUGGAGGUCGAAAUUCCAGGGACCAUAAACUCGUGGGUGGUGAUAUUUGUCCUGCCCAUUAACAGUGCGCUGAACCCCAUCCUCUACACACUGACCACGAGCUUCUUCAGGGAGCAGGUGGAGGUGCUGUUGUGCCGCUGGCAGCGGAACUCCUCCUUAAGCAAAGACCGCAAGAGCCUCACCAGCACCUGCGUCUACAUGGAGUCCUCCAGGCACACCUUCUACCACGCCAAGGCUUGCCUGCCCCGCCUCUCUGUUGCCGACGCCGACGCCAGGUAUGGGUGACGGGGGCUGACGGGGGCCGACGCCAGUCCUCUCAGCGGACCUCCUCUACGUUCCGGAAGAGGUGCUACAGGACAGAGUGCAGCACAUAUGCAAACUCAUACACGCAGCACUGUACACUGAAACAGGACAUCAUUAGCUACAGAAGAGCUUGCAAACAGCAUGGCCAUGGAAAAUACAAGAAAGCACUUUUAUUUUAUUUUUUUGCACAACAAGAGUUUGGUAACUGUCUUUAAUACAAAGAGGGUAACUAUCCCUCAAAGAAAAAUGGUAAAACAUUGUCUAAAAAACAGCUCGUCCUACAAGUACUACACAUCUUUAUAAUGCUUGCAAGGGCACUUAUAUUAUUAGAAGAAUGCUCUGCAUCUGAAUCAACCAGCCCGGCAUUUGGGAUCUUCUUUCUUAUUUAUUUACAUAUAUUUUUAUUUUGCAGAAAUGUCAUAAAAUGUAUGUUCUGCAGAUUUAUCUUAUUUUUUACUUGUAAGCAUUAUUUAUGAGUUUGAUGCAUUAUUUUUUAUGUAUUAAUGUAACAAUAACUUUAAAAUUCAUCUCAUGGAAUGAACAGUUAAUUAAUGUACAUCAAUUCAUAGUUCUGAAUGUGUACGCAGAAGGGUCAGUACAUUUCCAGUCCUUAUGCUAUAUAUAAACAAACCACAGGCAUGCCUGAUAUUAAGCACACACACAUAAAUAUACAUCUUGAACAUCAGUAAUGUACUGAAUAUGCAUAACCAUACACAAAUACUCCAUUUCCCCAUGUUUUUAUAAAGAUAUGCUAAAUGUUAUGUCAUAUUUACUGACUGUUUGUGACAUGCUAUAAAGGAUCACUGCCUCACCA